ACACAGGACAAGCGUGAGAUCCCGUUUCCCGAGUCUUCGAGCCACACGCAGUUUGUGCGGGGAUGCCAGGGCGCGGGAGAGUUUUUUUGACGAGCUAGAUUCUUGGAGUUUAAAGCUAUGGUUGCAGGACCGUCGACGGAUGCUACAUGGGGUUCCGGGGCUGAGCGGAGCCAGGUGGGUGGUAAGUACAAGCGAAACUCCAAGACUGAUCCAUCAUUCGGUCGCGUUCAUAGUUCAUGUCGCAUACUAUCGACCAAGAUCGUAAUAUGCCCUUGGACGUAUCUAACUUCUCGAACGAUAAAAGAUAACACGAUCACGAAAGCGCGAAAGGUCUGGACCGCUCGUAAGCGCAAGAACGCCAUGAUACCGUCUCGGUGGUCGGGAAUCGCCAUAAUGGAUAUAAUUGAGCACCAGAGGCGGUGUGCUACGCAUGCUACGGAAUACACACUAGUGCUCUCCGGCGUCGACUUGUAUUCACUCGACUCCCAUGUUGAAUCACGAUUAGGCUCGCCGACCAUGUCAGAUACAGACAAAAACAGCAUGGAAGGCGCUGGACCCUGCAUCGCAGGCACCAACCAAGUGCAAAGUGCGCUGUGAUACCAAUCCGGUGGCUGGAAAACUCCGUAUUCUAUUCAAAAUGCAGUUGUAACUCGGACGAGUCACAACCGGCAAAGCGAGUUCUCGAGCCGCGCUGCGCUUCCUUCGGAAGGUGGGGCCUGUUAAUCCUG